AAUAAAACGCAGUCAGUAAAAGGGGAGGAGCAAGGUACAGGACGUGAACUUUUCUGAGAUGCGAUCAUUCUUGACGCAUGUCUCAUUGGAUCUGGACUGAUGAUUCCCAGAGCAAAACAAACCCUCACAUGGAUGGGAGCCUCCUCCAGCUGCUCUGCGACUAUUGGACUCUGGUAAAUUAUUACACACGCCGGUCAGAGGACUCCUUCAAUAACACCAUCACAUGGACGGACAGCAUCAAAGGACAAAGACAGCAAUGUCACUAGGGGUUUCCUGAAAGGACUUGGCUCGGCAUUCAUAGAGCUGUGACAUCUCAUCAGGUGGUUUUCUGGCCCGAAAAACACACAGGGCGACAACCCAGAUUCAAUCAGCCUCAGGGUAGAGAAGUUGACCAUUAACCUCGCCGCACUGAUUGCAAACAGCUCCUGGUAGAAGCAGCUGCUCCUGCACCCUGGAUCCCCAAGCAAAGUUCACUGUCACAGGCAGCGCAGGUCUGUGAUAGGCAGCCGCUUGAUUCCCUCUUUAGGAUCCUCUCUGUUUUUCUCAGACUCUGCAAGGACUGAAACUGCAACCAUGGCUACAGCAAGUUAUGGAUACUACAGAGCCACAAUAUUCCUGGCCAUGUUUGUGGGCUACACGCUGUAUUACUUUAAUAGAAAGACUUUCUCCUUUGUGAUGCCUUCUGUAAUGCAAGAAAUUAAGCUGGACAAAGAUGAUCUGGGCAUGAUCACCAGCAGUCAGUCCUUGGCCUAUGCUAUCAGUAAGUUCAUCAGUGGCGUGCUUUCAGACCAGCUCAGCGCUCGCUGGCUCUUCUCCAGCGGUUUGUUCGUGGUGGGAAGCAUCAAUGUGGUCUUCUCCUGGUCCUCGACUGUGGCCGUAUUCUCUGUUCUGUGGUUUCUUAACGGCCUGGGGCAGGGCCUGGGCUGGCCUCCGUGCGGCAGAGUGCUCCGAAAGUGGUUUGAGCCCUCUCAGUUCGGGACAUGGUGGGCCAUUCUCUCCUGCAGUAUGAACCUGGCAGGCAGCUUGGGCCCCAUCAUCGCCACGGUGCUGGCUCAGACUUACAGCUGGAGGACGAUAUUGUCAUUCUCUGGGAUGAUCUGCCUGGCCGUCUCCUUCGUUUGCCUGCUGGUGAUCAAGAACGAGCCCAAGGACGUGGGGCUGCCUAACAUAGAGGCGACAACCAAAAAAGGCAAAGGAGGCACCUCCGUAGAUGACAGCACCCUCUCAGAGUUCCUGCUGUCGCCCUACCUGUGGCUGCUGUCCGUGUCCUACCUGGUGGUGUUCGGGGUGAAGACGGCCUGCACCGACUGGGGGCAGUUGUUCCUCAUCCAAGACAAGGGCCAGUCCACGCUGAUGGGUAGCUCGUACAUGAGUGCCCUGGAGGUUGGAGGCUUGUUGGGCAGCCUGGCAGCAGGUUACAUCUCCGACAAGGCUGUCGCCAAACAAGGGCUAAGAAUCUACGGCAAUCCUCGUCACUUCAUCCUGAUCUGUAUGAUGGCUGGAAUGUUUGUGUCCAUGUAUCUGUUCAGGGUCACAGUGACUGCUGACAGCUCAAAGGUUUGGAUACUGAGCUUGGGCUCUGCUUUUGGCUUCUCUUCAUAUGGACCAAUAGCGUUGUUUGGAAUAUUAGCCAAUGAAACUGCUCCUCCCAGCUACUGUGGGACAUCUCAUGCCAUAGUUGGUCUGAUGGCGAAUAUUGGCGGCUUCCUGGCUGGACUACCGUUCAGCACCAUUGCCAAGUACCAUGGCUGGGAAAUGGCUUUCUGGGUAGCAGAGAUGACCUCCUUGGUCACCGCUGUCGGAUAUUUCCUGCUGCGGAACAUCCAAACCAUUAUGGGACCAUUGCCCAAGAAGGCAGAUUAACGUCAUACCUCAACCUCUCCGAUACCUCUGCUAUCUAUCCUACAGGACAUUAAAGUGCAAGACACUCAAGA